UAAAAAUUAUUAUGUGAUAAUAAAAUUGAAAUGUCAAAAUAAUGGGAGUGAUAAGGCGUUUUAUUGUUAACGUUCAACAUGGACAUUUUGAAAUCUACAUGGUUUUCUUACUUACCGGUAAUUUGAAGCCUGCUAACCAUUCUCAUAAUAAUUUUAUGAGGUAAUCUUGAUAAAUUCUGCGUUAAUCAUCCGAGCUAGAUGCUUGACUGGGAGUCAGUAACGGUGUUUGUGCCAGUAGUUUCGGCCUGCAUCGUUAUCUACGUGAGUGUGCAAUUGCUCAGUUCAUUUCUGUCCGAUGUCCACGUUGAUGCACCUAGCGGUGCCACUCAUUCAUGGACGAGUCUUGAUGCUUUGCCAAAGGCGUCUCAUUGCGGUGUUUGCGAGGCAUUGCUGGUAGAGGGUGUUUACUGCGACUGCUGUGGCUUGUGCGUGGAUCGCGGAUGUAUGCGAACCGCCGACAGACAUCAGCCCUGCAAAGCGGUCUCCACUCGGCAGCCGGCUGGAACGCCUUGGCGACAUCAUUUCGUCAAAGGUAACACAUCGCUGGAUGCCAAAUGUGAGGUUUGCGAGGAUGAGUGCAGUGGCAGCACGUGUGGAGGGGGUGAAGGAGGGGAUCUGGAUUUGGAGUGCUGCUGGUGUCAUCGAGCUGUUCACUCCUCCUGUCGAGCCAAGCUAGCUAAUGUGUGUGAUUUUGGAAGACUGAGGCAGUUCAUAGUGCCACCCCAUAGUUUGGAGCUAGCCGGUCGGAGGGCGAGCAUAUCCAAUCGACUUCGGAUUCAAAGUAUUAAACCUGUCGACUGGCCUGAAUGGACUCCCAUCAUCGUAUUGGCGAACAAGACAUCAGGCAACAAGGACGGGGGACGGGUGCUGUCGAUGUUCCGCCGCCUCCUGAACCCAGCGCAGGUGGUUGACUUGGGGGCGGUGCCCAUGGAGGCGGUGCUCGAGUGGUGUGCACUGUUAGGCCCCCGCGUCCGUCCCCUCUUCCUCAUUGCGGGCGGUGAUGGCACGGUCGCCUGGUUCCUCACCACCGCGCAUCGGCUCAACAUCAAGCCUUCUCCGGCCGUGUGUGUGAUUCCGCUUGGUACGGGCAACGAUCUGGCAAGAGUGCUGGGCUGGGGAUCCUCCUACACUCCGACUGACGACGGUGGACUGCAGAUUCUCACCAAAGUGCAAGCUGCCAAACACAUUCCUCUUGACAGGUGGCUUGUAGAAGUGGAAGUCACGCGGCCUCUGGGUUUAGGGAAGAAGAAAGGCCUCUGCAUGUACAACUACCUGAGUGUGGGAGUCGAUGCCCAAGUAACUCUUGAUUUCCAUCGUACCCGGCAUUCCCCCUUCUACAUAGUCAGUAGCAGACUUUUCAAUAAGGUGCUUUAUCUAUUGUUUGGUACACAACAAGUGAUGGAGAGGAGCUGCCAAGAUCUUGACCAGCGUAUUGAGUUGUACCUGGAUGGAGUGAGACAGGAAUUGCCUUCAAUUGAGGCCAUAGUUGUGCUCAACAUUCCAUCAUGGGGAGCUGGUGUCAACUUGUGGCAAGUUGGAUCAGAUGAGAACAGUGACCUGCCAGAACAGAGUGUGAAUGACGGUCUUCUUGAAGUGGUGGCGGUCUAUUCAUCAUUCCACAUCGCUCAGCUUCAGGUUGGUCUGUCUGAGCCACUCCGUAUCGGUCAAGCCAAGUGUGUUAAGAUCAAAAUGAAGAGCAAGACAGCGAUGCAGGUCGAUGGCGAACCCUGGCUUCAGCAGCCAGCAACGAUCACAGUCACCUCAGCCAACAAUCAAGCGACAGUUUUGUCUCUUGUUGACAGAUAAUUUAUAUAAAAAUGUCACUUUUUGCCGCCCGUUAGUAGAGGGAAGUACAAAUGCUCUUGCAGUUUUUCCAAGUAAUUCCUCGCAAACGUAUCCAAUUGUUAUCGUUGUUUCACAAAUUACUUCUUCAAAACGACCGUUUUGACGACUAAUCUUCAAAACGGCCGUUUUGUGAAUGAUUGGGGAUGCGGGAGGGGAUAGGUUUAGGGAUUAAGGAAGGUUUGAUUUGGGCUUUGAGGUGUUUGUCAAGAAUCAAACUUACAAAAGCCAAUGAUUACUACUUUUUGAGCUCUCUCUAAGAUUAUGUAUAAUUCUCCACGUGUUUAUAUGGUUGUUCACCUAUCACACUGUGUGUUUGUCACAAAAGUUCUAGAUCGUUAUUUGUUUAGCCAAAUUCAUGCAAGCGAUAGAAAUGUAUGAAUAAUAUGUUCGUUCCUGGUUUUUUCUAAUAAAACUCUUGCUUAAAGCUAUUAAAUUUUAUGUUUAUUGAAAUAAUAAUUUAUGUAGCUGUGUUGAAGUUAAUAAUCGGGCAGUGGAGGUUAUAAUUAUUUUUUGUUUCAUUCUUUUAGAUCUGUAAUUUUUGAGACCCUUGCUAGAUAAUUUAUUUAUUGACUUGAGAGAUCAUAUUAAACUUGUUUAGUCCAUUUCACAUUAGACAAAGAAAAUUAUUUCUCAAUGAGUACUAUCAACAGUCUCAAAGAUUGAAAUUUUUACUCCAAUCCCUUGUGACGUAUUGACAACCUGAGAAGGUACGACUACAUUCUAUUCCAAUAAAAUCCUCUUUAAUUAUAUUAUAUAUACUCUUUUUAAUUAUUCCUGACAAAUGAGAAAUUAUCAAUCUCCUUAAUAUAAUCCAUUUCUUUAUUGAAAUAUCUACAAGCACUCUACUCUUUAUUACCAGUAGUAUUAUUUCAUGUGUAUUUUAUUUAGUGUAUUAUGAAUACUCAAUGAUCUCUCUGAGAACUCCCAUUUUCUAUGUGAUAGAUAUUAUACUUGUUAUAAUGAAACCUGUACCAAAAAUAUUCAUCUUAAUGUACAGUAUUAUCUUACUCAAUUAUUUUAGAAAAUGAGACAACUCCUUCAUCAACUUAUCAAAAUAUGAAACUCAUAUAGUUAAAAUCUUGAUGAAUACAAGUGUAAAGCCAUUUAGAUUAAUUUAAAAAUACAUCUACUUAUAUAAUUUAAAAGUACUACUACUUAUAUAAUUUAAAAAUACGACUACUUAAAUAAUUUUAAAAUAUUACUACUUAUAUAAUAAUCUCCUUACGAAACUCAAGUUUCGUGGUGCUAAGUAUACUAUGAAAUCUCUAUUAGAAUACUCAAUUUCAAAUUGAAGUUACCACAAAUUCAUUUAACACAUAAUUAUUUUCAUCAAAUUCCUUCGACAGGAUUUUUUAUUAGAUAAAUUUAUCCAUGAAAAUAAUAAUCAGUGUUCGGUUUAUGUGAUAUUUAAUUCCUCCGUUUUCCAGAAUUUGAAAGUAUCUAUCAUACCAGUAGUAUUAAUGAAAUUCUUGUCAAUUAAACUUUGCUAUAUCAUCUUAAUAAUGUUGAACUCAAACAUUCUAUGAACUAUGAAAAAUAUACGGUAGUCAAUUCGUGUUUCCUUCUCUCUCCGUUUGCAUUUUACAUUGAUUCCAGUUUUAUUUAACAGUGAGUUAGUUAACUUACUGUUGAAAAUAAUAACACAGUAUUCAAAGAAGACUGCUAACAUUCUCAUUGCGUAACUUAUUUUUACUAGUAUACCUGUGAUUAACAUUAUCUCAAUGUACUAUCUAUAUUUCCUUUCUCCUGUUGUAUUUGAAAGUAAAUACAUGCAAAUUAGAGUUCACUGGAUAGACAUGAGAGUAAUAUAAUUCCACAUUUUUUAAAAAUCUUGUUAUUCCAAAUUUAUGUAGCUUUUGUCGCCAAAUUAUAGAAUUUCAAGCUCACCUGGAGCCUGUUUCAUGAAGACUGUUCAUCUAUCGUUACUAUUUUCCAUACACUCAUAUUCGAGUUAAAUUUAAAGUAUUAAUAAUAUACCGUAGUGUUUGAUGUUAAUUUAUGAUAAUUUAUCUGUUGUGUCUUGAAACUUGUUUUUUGUAGUAGUCAAGGCUAAUGUAUAGGUAUAUAGUUAUGAAAUAAAGUUAUACCUUGGUUGUGAAUUUGAACUCUGAAAUAACAUUCACAAUCAAGCACAGAUUGAAUUGAGCAAAGUGCCGUACUUAACAAACAUCAUUCCAAAUACCAGAGUGAAUAUUACAGUCAUAAUUAUUCCAUUGACAAUGCUUUACUAUACCAAAAGAGUUUUAGAAUAAGUUGU